UGGCGACAAGCGCUGUCCACGAACCAUGACCUUGACAGAUUGGAAAUUCUAGGAAUCAGUUGUUUGAACUCUUUUCAUAGGUAAAUGAAGAAUUUGUUUCACCAACACAGUGAACAGAAGUAAUGUUGUAAAUAUCUUCAACUGUACUUCCGAACUUGCAACUGCUUUUUUGAAAUCUAAUAAUUAUGCGGAAAUUGGUGUUUUUAGUGUAGCAGAUGUAAAUCCUUCGUUGAACAAAACUGAUUCUAUCGUUUAAUGCAUUACUGCAAUGUAUCUGACGUAAAUUUCUCUUUCAAACACAUACGUGAAGCUUCUUACGGACAUGAAUAACCUUAUCGUUAAAUUGAAUCAAAUCAAAACACCAACAUCGGAAAUUCAAAAUCUCAUCGGCACUUAAAAACAAAAAUGUCGAAUGAACAAAUUCAUAUUGAGCAUUUCAUCAGAAGUCUUAAUAAUACCAUAAACUAUGUCAAAUCUGAUAUACGAUUAGAAACUUCCACAGUUGAACUUCAAUCUUUACCAACACGUACUUAUUUAGAGAGAUUAGUUGUACCAGUACUUAUUCAUGGGCUUACACAAUUGUGUAAAGAAAGACCAUCAAAACCAAUUGAAUAUUUAGCAGCGUACUUAUUAAAAAAUAAAGAUUACAAACCAAAUAUGAUUACAUGUACGAAAUAAAUGAACUAAGAUAUUCACACACACACACAUACACACACAGCUCUAAUUUACAAAUACAUCCAUAGAAGCUUCAUUCUGACACUAAAUGUUCUUGCAUAUUCUUAAAUGUGUCGUCUGUGGACGGAAGAGAUUCGACAAAUCAAUAUUGAUUAGUAGAUUGAAUUGUGUUUCUAGAUGCUUUAUGUUAUUCUAUAGAAAGUUGUAUAUCACCACAUCCAUAGUUGUAUAAAAUAAACAGCAAC